AUGGAGCUGCAGAGGACGCCGAGAUUUGAGCAGAGCCGCGGUGCGGGGAGAAGAGGGGAUCUUGGGCUCGGGAUCCGGGGAGGCCUGCGGAGACGGGCGAUUCCCUGCCCAAAUGCCACGAUCCACGGCUCGUUCUGCUCCGCGGCCGAGUCUCCGGCCGACGCGAGGGGUCUCCGGGGAGGAGGAGGCUGGGGUGGGGUGGGAUCAGGGGAUGGUUGGGAGAAUGGCGGAGAUUUGGAGGCGACGACGGGCGGCGGCGCGGAAACGAUGGGAACCACUGCUCUGCAAAAGGAAGCUGGGGUUCGGACCGAAGUGACCCACAGGCAGUGGGCUUGUCGGAUGGAUCUUAGAGCCGCACGAACGUUGAUGCGGAACGAACGGGCCGCAGAUUGCCCAUGGUUACGUGUUAAACUAUUAUGCUGUCUUUUGCAGAUUCUUGGUUUCAUGAUUGCUGUAGUACUGUUUGGCCUGAUGCGGCAAUCAUCAGCAUGGGAGCGUGAUUGUUCUGUGCCAUCUAUUUUGUCAGCUAUAGAGAUGAACCUGAAACUGUCAAGCCCAUGGAUGUUCCUUUGCUUCACGCCAAUACUUCUAUUCCUUGCCUUUUUGUUUCUCACUACAGGGCAAAACCCUCGAUUUGGGACCUUCUUGUUUGUUACGGUCAUCUGCUAUAUAAUUGCUAAUGGUUUCACCAUUUUGCUGAUACUUUGUUCGAAACUGAUUCUGUAUGUCGCGGCUAUUCUACAUGUCUUCGUCAAAAGACGUUGGCAAUCAUGGGAGGACGGUACCCAAUCUCCAUUUAUUCGCCAGUUUCUCGCUUUCUCAUUCUCAUUUCAAUCUCUCAAGAUUGUGCAGAUGACUAAGAACAAUACAAAUAUAGUUGUAGCAUUUGCUACAAUUUCUCUUGUCUGCUUUGUUCAUCCUGCAAUUGGUCUUGGCCUAUUACUUCUUUCACAUUCGCUCCAUGCUCAUUCAGCACUCUGCAGUUUCUUGGGAGCUUCGUUUCGUAAUAUCGCUCAGAAAAAGGGCCUCUAUAAAUCCAAGAUGGGUAAUAAUCCUAUUCUACUAUCCAAAAGUAAACCAGAUGGGAUCGAGCAACUCCUGCCAAUGGAUGAUAGCCCAACCGCUGCUAAAAGCUUUACUGACAGCCAGCUAGAAGUGUUCGAUUGUCGGCAUGGGAUCAUGAUUCUGCAUCUUCUAGCUACGCUCAUGUUUGUGCCUUCGCUUGUUGCUUGGCUACAGAGAAUCGGAGUAGGCCCGAGAUUUCCCUGGUUUGUGGAUUCUGCAAUUUGUGUGGGUGUUAUUCUGCAUGGCCUUUUCGGAGCGCAACCAAGUGCCAGCUGUAUGUCUUUCACGUUACCUGGAAGGAGAAGAUACGAAGUCGGGCCGAGCUUUCUUUACCUCCUUGGUGGCUAUUAUUCCUUCGUUAGCUCCAUGGCAUUGGCACCUUACAGAGCGCUAUAUGCGAUGGCUGUCAUUGGUUUCAUCUGUUUUGCCUCCAGAAUUCUUGAGAUCAGAGGUAAGAUGAGAGGUGAACAUAGCUCUAGAAAAAGGCACUGGCAUAGACACUAGCUUGGGAACUGAUUAAUUCUGUAAUGACGCUGCAAUACAUUAGUUUAUAAUAGCAGCUAUUAUUAUCAUUUUAGCUUUUGGUUGCGAACUAGGAAGAGCAUUGUUCUGCUUAUGAUGGGAUGCUGCGAAGUGUUGCCCUGAAUUUUGAGUUGAAUCAGAUUUUGUUGGUC